UGUAUCGUAGCCUGGGUAUCCGUGUGAUGCUGGUGGGUCUGGAGAUCUGGACCUACGGAGACCAGAUAGAGGUCAGCCCCGAUCCAGACGCCACACUGGAACGCUUCAGGAACUGGCGCCAGCAGACACUGUUACCGAGGACCAAGCAUGACAACGCUCAGUUCAUCACGAAGGUGGAUUUCAUCGGCAAUACCGUAGGCCUGGCGUACACCGGUGUAUUAUGUACCAGCAACUCCGUGGCCGUCAACGAGGAUCAUAACGAUAACGCCAUCGGGGUGGCGACCACCCUCGCCCACGAGAUGGGGCACAACCUGGGCCUGUCUCAUGAUGCUCCAGGCUGCGUCUGCCGGUCCUCCCAGCCCCAGAGCGGCUGCAUCAAGGCCCCGUCACACGGGUAGGGAGAUCACCUGCCUCCUCAGAGCCCUCAGCACCACACGCGACGCCACAAUAAG